UUUCUGUUUUCGAAUACAUUAUGUUUUCCAUCAGCAAACUUCUAUGUAUAUAUGCACUUAUACAGCUGAUUGCGAAGCCAUCACCAGCUCAUAGCAAAAAAUAUCAAGAGAACGAAAUUUGCGGUGGUCUCCACGGAUUUCCUACCGGAACUUGUCAACUGGCCACAAAAUGCACAACACUGAAGACAUAUUACGAGAAAAAGUGGAUUAAUCCACUGAGUGUUCCCAGUUGUGGCUUCAAGGGUCCCUUUGGCAAGGCGAUGCUCUGCUGCCCCAAACCUUUUGAAGACCUAAAAGAGGGUGGAUCAUACAACUUCACUGGAACUCAUCUGGUUACUAUGCGAUACUUCAAAAACGAGAAUAGGGAUGAAUAUGCAUACCGUUGUACGGGUGUUUUACUGUCCUCGUCGCAUGUUCUAGCGUCGAAGCAAUGCGAUGCAGAGGAGGAUGAGGAUAUAGCCAGCAAAGUAAAGUUGGGAUCCCAAGAUGCAAGAGUAAUCGAUGAAUCAGAUAUUAAAAUCGAUGUUAAGAAACCCACGAGUUACAAAAAUGAUUUGGUGCUCAUCAAGUUGAGAACGGCACUUAACACAACACAGCUGACGGAAAAUGUCAGCAUAGCGAAACUCUGUCAUCCAGAGGAUCUGACAGGUCACCCGAACUUUUUUGCUGCCGGUUACUCAUACAAUACGCAAGAAAACGAAAGCUGCACCAAAUUCACGAUGCAAUUGCAAAACCUUAAUCUGAAAGAAUGCAACAAUGUGAAGGUGACGCGUCAAAUCGAAGAUUUGGCAACGGAUCAGUCACAUUUCUGUCUUCUUCCGUUACCCAUAUACAAGGAGGGCGAAGAGUGCUCAAAGUGUUUGAUCGCGACAUCCAGCGUUCUUCAUGUGGAGCGUAUGGAUGGCACUCAGUGUGUGGCGGGCAUUGCCACGCCUACAUACAAUAAAUGCAUCGAGGAGGACAGUCCAUUGUACUUCACCAAUAUCCUGACACAUUCAGUAUCCGAUUUCUUUAAUCACGUCAUUGUCGAAUAAAGUAAUUACAUAAGACGAAUGUAGAUGAUAAAAUAAUAGCAUUCGUA